UUUAGUACGAUCGCGGUACAAAUAUCGAUUUAAUAUUGUUAUACGCGUAUCUUAUAGGUACCUAUAUAUUAUUUGAGUGUAUGCCGUUCGAAGUGUUCGAACCACAAUGAUUGUUAUACGCGUUUCGAAUUCACUACACCGUUAUUGUGCCUUAAUGUGAUACAUUAUAAUUUAUAAGUAUUUACAUAAAUUUCAACUAAAAGUCGUUUAACGUUUCUUAAAUUAAUUAUUUAAUAAUAAUUUAUUAAAAUUAAUAAUAUUUAGUAAUUAACAAAUCAUGAAAAUCGAAACAAUCAAAAUAGAUUUUACUGCCAUGCUAUACGCUGGGAUUUUAUACACGGGUCUGGUAAUUUCUGGAUGGUUACUUAUUCGUCUGACGAUCGCUUGUUUCAAAUUACCGUCCAUAUUGAACGCUGCUGAUGAAUCCAAAAACAAGACGAAACGGACGUCGACUCUACCGGCUACUGUUCUGAGCGAAGCAGUGAACGAAGACUUGAGUUCUGUUCAAUAUUUCGAUACUUUGACGCAACAUACCUGCAACGACUUAAACAUACUCAAACAUUCGGUAAUGCAUUUAUUAUUAAUUAUUUUCUAUUAUUUGAUUCCGUUAAUAUCAGAUAAACUAAUUUGUAGUGCUUGUCGCUUGGAAACUUCCUUUAAAAAAGGAACUCGUUCACGUUCGUUCCUCUUGUUAAAAAGUAACUAA